AGAUAUUUGGUCCAUGAGAAGCAAAGCAAAGAGAGAGAGAAGAAUGGGUGCAAUCCCAAGAUGGCUUGAAUGUCUACUGUCUACAACAUUUUUCAAUGCUUGUCCUUCACACAAACAAGCUCCAAGAAGUGAAUGCAAUAUGUUUUGCCUUGAUUGCUCCCAUUCUUCCUCUUUUUGCUUCUAUUGUAGAUCCAACAAACACCAUCAUCAUCAUGUCAUUCAGAUUCGAAGAUCUUCAUACCACGACGUUGUAAGAGUGGCCGAGAUAGAGAAUGUUUUGGAUAUAAGUGAAGUUCAAACUUAUGUGAUAAACAGUGCAAGAGUUUUGUUUCUAAAUGAGAGACCUCAACCAAAGAGCUCAACAAGUAAAGGAGGCUCUCAUGUGUGUGAGAUUUGUAGUAGAAGUCUCUUGGAUCCCUUUCGUUUUUGUUCUCUUGGUUGCAAGGUCAUCGGAAUAAAGACGAACAACAAUUCGAGGUUUUACUCAAGAGGAAAGAAUAAUGAGGAAGUUUUAGGAAGAAGAUUGGGAUCAAAGGAAGAGGAUGAAGAAGAAGAAGAAGACGAAGAAGGAUUGCGUGUAGGGAGAAAUGAAGAAGAAGGUGAGAUAUACCAAAAUCACACGCUUUCUUCACAUUCCAAUUCAAGGAGGAGGAAAGGCAUCCCUCAAAGAGCACCUUUUUAAUUAACUUAAUUUAAUUAAUUUUUUUCCAUUUCAUUUUUAAUUUAUUAUGUACCAACUCAUUUUUCCUUUAAAUUGUUUUUCUAAAAUAUGUAAUAAUUCAUAAUUGUAAUAAUUCAUUGCACUGCACAUGAUCUCCACGUGUAAUUAUUAAUUGAUAUCUCACCAUACACAAUUAUUUUUUUUUUUUUAACAAACCCCACAUUUGAUUCUUAAUUAUU